CCGCUAACCCCCCCCCCCCCGAAAAACCAUGUAGCCCCGCCCCGCCGUCCCCCGCGGAGGAGGGGCCAACUGGGGGCGAAACCCGAGCCCGCUGACCCCCCCCCACCCCCGACAACCCCCCAGGACAAAGCGGGGGGGCGGGGCGGCGGGGCGGGGCGUCGAAAAUGACCCUCCCCACCGCGCCCUUCCCCUCCGCCACCCUCCGCCUCCUCCACGCCCUCUCCUGGGCCCUGAUCUUCCCCUCCUAUUGGCUCCUGGACCGGCUGGCCGCCGCCUUCCUGGCCACGUCCCGCGAGAGGCGCCGCCGGUCCGCGCCGGCCGCGCUAGCCGCCGCGCUAACCGCGCCGCUAUACCUCCUGCUAGCGUUAGCCGCGCUCCCUCUGGCCGCCGUGGGCUUCGCGGUGUGGGCGCCGCUCCAGGGCGCCCGCCGGCCGCUCGUCCACGCCCACCGGCCGGGGGCGGCGCCCGGCGGGGAGUGGCGGCCGCAGGGGCGGAGCUACUGCUUCUGCACCGCCAACCUGUGCCUGCUCCCCGACGCGGCGGCGCGGCUCGGGAACCUGUCGGACGCGCGGGGGCGGGCCCGGGAGGCGGGGCGGAGGAUCCGGGGCGGGGCGUCCCGCCCGCAGAUCCGCAUCUACGUCGACUCGCCGACGAACACGUCGAUUAGCGCCGCGUCCUUCAGCAGCCUGGUGCAGCCGCCGGGGGCGCGGAGGGCGUCGUCGCCGACGCCGACGCCCUCGCCCUCGCCGCCGCCGGACGGGGAGGCGGAGCCCGGGGGCGGGGCCCCGGAUGACGACGGCGCCGACGACCGCCUCCCGCCGUCCGGCGUCCGGAUUAGCGUCAGCGCCCCGGACGACGACGCCGCCGCCGCCGACGACCCCGCCCCGGAGCCCGACGACCUCGCCGCCUCCCGCGAGUCGCUGUCCAACCACGCCGGGCGCCUCCGCCGCCCGCCCGCCCGCGGCCCCGCCCCCGCCCGCCGCCGCCACGCCGACGACCCCUUCGACCGCGAGGUCUCCGCCUUCUUCCCCGCCAACCUGGACUUCCUCUGCCUCCAGGAGGCCUUCGAGCCGCGCGCCGCCGCCGCGCUACGGCGCCAGAUCCUCCGCUACUUCCCGCACGUCCUCGGCGACGUGGGCCGCGCCGGCUGGGCCGAAGGCUGCCGCGCCGGCUUCAAGCUCCUCAACAGCGGCCUGGUGCUAGCCAGCCGCUACCCGGUCCUGGAGGCGCAGUUCCGCUGCUACCCCAACGGGCGGGGCGAGGACGGGCUGGCCGCUAAGGGGGCGCUCUUCGUCAAGGUGCAGCUGGGAACCUCUCUCCAGGAGCAGAGGAUUGUGGGAUACCUGGCCUGCACGCACCUCCACGCCAUUGAAGGGGACUCCUCCGUGCGCUGUGAGCAGCUGGACCUGCUGCUGCGGUGGGGCGGGGAGUUCCGCAGGGCGACCUCACAACCCCCCGGCGCGGCGGCCAAUCCGGCGGCUCCUCCAGCGGCCAAUCCGGCGGCUCCCCCGGCGGCCAAUCCGGCGGCUCGGGGCCCCGACCUGGUGGCCUUCGAUGUCGUGCUCGGGGACCUCAACUUCGACAACUGCUCCCCGGAGGAUAAGCUGGAGCAGCAGCACCUCCUCUUCACCCACUACAGGGACCCCUGCAGGCUGGGGCCCGGAGAGGACAAGGCCUGGGCCCUGGGGACGCUGCUGGACCCCAGAGGGCUCUACGACGAGGAGGUCAGCUCUCCAGAGAGCCUGCAGAAAGUCCUCGAAAACGAGGAGGCCCGGAAGGAGUACCUCCUCUACCCCUCCUCCGCCAAGGCCCCGCCCAAUCAGAAGGGGCCAAUCAGAGGCAACGGGAGGCGGGUCGACUACAUCCUCUACAGCGAGGAGGGGCUCCAGGCCGACUGGAAAGUGGAGGUGGAGGAGUUCAGCUUCAUCACGCAGCUGGCGGGGUUGACCGACCACCUCCCGGUCGCGAUGCGAUUGGCCGUUUCCACGGGGGAGGAGGAGCCUUAGUGCGCGGGCCACGCCCCCAACCCCGCCCCCCCAAACGCACACGACACCGCCACGGAUGAACGGGGACCCUCUUUCGACGCCCUUUUUUUGCCACCUCCGCCGGGACACGCCCCCACACCCCGCCCACGUCGCCACGGCCAUUAUGGGAUGCCUGGCAUUAUGGGAUGCCUGAUUUCGCCGGGGGGGGGCGGGGCGUUCGGACGGUUUUUCCGCCACCCCGAACUCUUUCGCUGACGUUUUUAU